AUGUUUGUUGGCAAUCUUCUUUCGUUAGCCGCUCUCUGCGCGCUUGUGUCAUCGGCAUCUGCCAACUCUGCUCACCAUGUGCUCAAGCGGCCUCAUAUAGAGGCGGCACCUUAUGGGACUGGUCAAAAAUUCCCCGACUCGCCGCCCCGAUCACGAAAGCAUUACUGCUAUGUCAAGCCUGGUAAAGGAGCGGACAGAGAUGAUGCUGCUCGUAUCCUCACGGCUUUCAAGAAGUGUAACAAGGGAGGUACUAUUGUCCUUGAUCAGGAAUACAUUGUUGGUUCACCACUUGACUUGACCUGGCUCGCUCACGUGGACGUGGUCAUUACUGGAACUCUGAACUUCAAGUCCGAUCCCUAUUACUGGGCAGAGAACAGUUUCAAAUAUGACUUCCAAAACAUGUCCUCUUUCUGGAAAAUUGGUGGUAAAGACAUUCACAUCUACGGAGACCUGAAAAACAAGGGGUCUUUACUAGACGGCCAAGGACAGGCAUACUGGGAGGAGAUGGCAAAGAACAAGACAUUGUUACGCCCAAUCUUGUUGACAAUUGAAGAUGCUCAUGGACUGACGAUGUCGAACUUGCGCAUGCGAAACUCACCCAACUGGUUCAACAUUAUUAUCAACAGUACUGAUGUAUUGAUCAGCGAUCUUGAUCUGCAGGCCAAGAGCGUGAACGGUGUUAAAAUUGCCAAUUCUGACGGCUGGGACACAUAUCGCUCAGACAGGGUAGUCAUUCAGAACUCUGUGAUUGACAACACUGAUGAUUGUGUGUCCUUCAAGCCAAACAGUACAAACGUUGUCGUCCAGAACCUUGUCUGCAACGGCUCACACGGUAUCAGUGUUGGUUCUCUGGGUCAGUACAAAGGCGAGACGGAUAUCGUGGAGAACCUGUAUAUCUACAACAUCUCCAUGUCCAACGCCAGUGACGGUGCUCGUAUCAAGGUGUGGCCCGGUAUUGAGACUGCUUUUCAAAGUUUGCUGAACGGAGGAGGUGGUCUUGGCCGCGUGAGAAACGUUACAUAUGAUCGUUUCUACCACGAGAACAAUGACAACGCUAUCACCAUCACUCAAUGUUACGGCCAAAAGAACCAGACUCUUUGCAAUGAGUUUCCGGCGAACCUGACCAUCGAGGAUAUCACGAUGAAGAACUUCUGGGGCACGGUGUCGAAGAAAUUCGAUCCUCGAGCGGGAUCUCUUGUCUGCAGUGCGCCUGAUCGUUGCAGUAAUAUCGCGGCAAGCAACAUCACGGUCAAGGUUCCAAGCUUGAAGCCGCCAGUGUAUGAUUGUCAAAACAUAGACACGAGUAAACUGGACAUCACAUGUCGAGACCCAAAUGCUGACAGGGAUACGACAAACGGCUGA